AUUUUUUUCCUAUGCCCACGUUUCCUGCUUCCAAUACAUGAAAUUCAAGAACUGGUUGUUCACUUACUGCCUAAUAUAUCCCAUCCCUUGACAGGUGCCUUAGUAAUGAUCUAACCAAUGCUAGUCACUUGACCUGUCAGUGGUUUUAACGUUGUGGCUGCUCAGUGUAUUUGCACUCCUGAUGUAUGAAGAACAGAGUUUUCAUCCAUGGGAGCACACAGAAAUAACUCUCUUUGAAGUGCCAAAGGAGUUUGCCUCUCUUCCCCUUUUUUUCAGCAAUUCUGCCAAUCUCUGUCCCCAAUAGUGGCAAAAGUGGCUCAUUCUGGAUUGCAGAGUCAAUGAUCCCCCAUCCAAAUGAGCUGCUUCAAAGUAAGAUAGAGGGAAUGGGGGGGGGGUGAGUGUGUCUCCCGCCUGCUCGUUCCUUUCGUCUGUCUUCCGCCUCCCCAGAGCCUGGAAAAAAGUUUCUCGGACUACAUCUCCCAGAGUCCCUCAGCCAGCACGGUCACUGACUGUGCCAACUGGGUACGUAAUUCGGGAAGGAGCAGCCUCGAAAGGCAACUUCUCCAAGACCGAAGAGGCGAAGUGCUGUUACGAAGCAGUGUCGUAACUCGGAAGACCCCCCCCCGCCACCGACUCGUGGGCGAAAGAGAGGCCACUUCCGCACCCCCGCCCGCCAUCGCCAGUCGCCCACCGAGUGACAACACGGCCCCGGGCCUGCCGCCAUUUGCCCUUUUUCCCCCGCGUCACGUGGCCUCUCUCCGCUCCCUUUCGCGUCCCCGCCCGCUCCUCUCUUCCCAUCCUCCGCGUCGGGCGCCACUAUGAUGGAUCCCUACCUGAUUCUUAGUGGUUUAUUAACAUCAACAUUCAGGAGGACAUCAUUUAAGUGACGCUGCCAUGGAGAGUAUUACAAAACUGUUUGGUGACUUGUGUGAAGCUCAUGUAGCUGAUCAGUCGAAGUUCCAUUUGGGCAGAGGAAAGACUGGCAAAAAAUGCUCGAACAAAACUUUGAAGAAGAUUGCAUAUAACGCUUUGUUUGCUAAUCUUUUUGUGGAUGAUACCCGGAAGGUGCAGUCAAACAUUCCUAGCCUUCCAGUGAAAAACAAAAUUUUAAUGGUGUCUUUCAACUUGAGAGUUGCUGGAAUGGGUGCAGAAGCAGACAGGCUGGAGGAGCUUGUAGACCAGUUGGAGAGCUCUAUAUGCUUACCAUUUACUGAAAUUACAUCUGUUUUGGAUCUUCUCGUACAGCUUGCGGGAACGGGGCCUCCUCAGUGUUUACCACUCAAAAAGGAUUAUUUUUUGAACAACAAGUAUGUUGGAAGAAACACUAAAUAUAAAGGUUAUGACUAUUAUGAUGUCAGUGUGUUUGAAGCUGAUAUACAGGCUUUUAUUGCAAAUGAGGAACAUCAGUUUAAUGAUACAAUUCAAAAGACACUGCAAAUCAUGGAGGCAGCACCCGGUACUGGCCUCCCUAGUAUAGAACUGUUUUCACAAAACUGUCCUGUGGGUGAUAGGUUUGAGAGAGAAACUCAUGUCUCACUCUUUGGCGCCCUUGUGCACAGUCGUACAUAUGACAUGGACAUCAAGUUGGAUCUGCCUCCAGUGCCUGACAGUGCAGAUUUAUCUGGCCUUGCAAUUAAGGUUCCCCAAAGCAUAGAUCCUUCAGAAGAUGAAGGAUUUCAAUCAGCAUCUAAUCUCACCCCUGACUCACAGUCAGAACCAAGUGGGACGCCUGAUAUCGACCUCUGGGAAGCUGUGCUUACUUAUGGACCGAGUAAGAGAAGAUGCUGGGAAAGGAUUGGAUGUCCCCCUGGGAAAAAAGAAGAGCCAUAUCUUUCAGAAGCUGGAAGAGAAGCCUUUGACAAAUUUUACAGACUCCGAGAAGGGGAAUUGCAACUCUUCAGCAGCAACAAACUUCAGCUUCCACAACGGUUGCUAGUAAAAGAACCAGAAAUUGUUAAAGAUGUUCUGAAUGUCCUUAUUGGUGUGGUGUCUACUACAUUCUCUUUUAAUCAGGUAUUCAGAAACAUUUUCUUUGACAUUGACAUAAUUGGCGAGUACUGGAUUUCCUCCUCCCUGUAUUUAGCAGAACUUUGUAGCAUAGGAGUGGCUGCAUCGAGAACUGGCGGAGAGGCUGGUAUUUCAUUUCCAACAGGUGUGAAACUCCUCUCAUAUCUAUAUCAAGAGGCUCUUAAUAACUGCAGCAGUGAACAUUACCCAGUUCUUCUGUCUCUGCUAAAGACAAGCUGUGAACCAUACACAAGGUUUAUCCAUGAUUGGGUCUACAGUGGCGUAUUCAGAGAUACAUAUGGUGAAUUCAUGAUUCAGGUGAAUGAAGAUUAUCUUGGCUUUAGAGACAAACGUUACUGGACUCAUGGAUAUGUUUUGAUCUCAAAAGAAGUAGAAGACUGUGUUCCUGUGUUCCUGAAACAUAUUGCUAACGAUGUAUAUAUCUGUGGGAAAACCAUAAAUUUACUAAAGUUGUGCUGUCCAAGGCAUUACAUAUGCUGGUCUGAUAUUCCUGUUCCUCGGAUUUCUGUAAUUUUUUCCCUUGAAGAACUAAAAGAGAUUGAGAGAGACUGUGCAGUAUAUGUGGGCCGAAUGGAAAGAAUAGCACGUUAUAGUACUAUCAGCAAGGAAGAAAAGGACCUGCGCAUGCAAAUUGAAAAACAGGAAUUAAUUGUUCAUGCUAGAGAAACAGCUACUAAAGCUCUGAAAGCCAUUACUGACCGACAAGUAGCAGAGAAAAUGGCAUUGGAUGCAAAGAAACGUGUGCAGUUUCAGAAAUUAAAAGAACAAUUUGUGAAAGAUCAAGAGCGCCGCCGUGCUCUGAAACAAGAGGAAAUUGACGAUGAUUUCAGUUACACUCGAGAGCUCAGGGAAAGGGAGAAAAGACUAAAGGCCUUAGAAGAAGACUUAGAAAAAAGAGCAAGGCAAGAGUUAAUUGACCAUUACACCAAACUGUCUGAAGAUGCAGCUCGUAGAGAGAAAAAAGCCUUAUGGAAAAUUCAGAGGCAUAAAUUGGAAACAGCCCGCCUCAAGUUCCUAUUGGAAGAUCAAAAACAUAUUGAGAACAUGCUUGAGAAACUUCCAGAUAAAAAAUACAGGCGGAAAGUAGAUAUAAUUCCAGAGAAUCGGUGCCAGGAGGUUUCAGCUGCCACUACGCCUGUAAAAGAUUCCAGUCUUCAGGCUGUGUUCUAUAAACUUAUCUCCAUGUCACAGAGAGUGUGCCGCACAUUCACUUCUGCAGAAUCUGGUUGUGUAAAUGCUUUGCAUGUCAGCAGAGAUACAGAAUCUGAACUGACAGAAGAUGAUUCAGAUGGCAAAUCGCUGGACUCAGCACAGCCAGCUAGUGCACAGCCUAAUCAGUAUUCCGAAUAUGAAGGAACAAAAGCUGCAUCCCAGGGUAUUUGUCCAGAGGACACAGUCUCGUUGUCAAAGAGCAUAUCUGAACAUGGUCUGGAUUUUGAAGAUUUUUUACCAAAACCUCAGAAAGAAACACUAAUGGCCCCCAGCAUAAAGGAGACAAGUUUAUUAGAGGAAGCCUUGCAAAAUAUCAGUUCAGAUCUUUCCUUAGAUGAUCAAAUGGGUGAACGAAAUUCUGUUGCAAAAGAUGAAGCAGAAGAGGUGAUCACCCCAGAAUACGACUUCAAUACUGUUCUCAGGCCUUCAGUUUCACAUAGCCAUGUCAAGCUGGGAGAAAAUGUUUUUGAUGUUGAGAGCAGGAGACCUCGAUGGAAUGUACAUGGCCACACGUCUGAUGCUAACAUUAAAAUAGGGGAAUAUGUGCCUGAUACUGAACAAUCUCAGCCACAUUCAAAUCCUCAUGGACAUUCCUCAGAUGCACACAUUAAGAUUGGGGAAUAUGCUGCUGAGGAAGAACCUAGCCGGCCUCGCUGGAAUAUCCAUGGACAUGUCUCCUCAGGUCAUAUUCAGAUUGGAGAAUACAUCUCGGAAAUAGAGCCCUCAAGGCCCAGGUGGAAUAUUCAUGGGCAUGCUUCAGAUGCCAACAUAAGAAUUGGGGAGUAUGUGUCCAACAUAGAGCCACAUAGACCUAGGUGGAACAUCCACGGACACAUGUCAGAUGCCAGUAUCAGAAUAGGGGAAAACGUUUCUGAAGUGGUGUCUUCUCGACCUCGGUGGAAUAUUCACGGGCAUGCUUCAGACUCACACAUUAAAGUUGGAGAACUGGUUCCUGAUUUUGAGACUUUGAAGCCUCGAGGGAACCCCUUUGGCCAUGCAUCACAGUCAAGCAUUCAAAUAGGGGAGUGGACCCCUUCUACUGACAGCGAUCUUAUACCUCACCUUAAAAUGAUCUCAGGACCUGCAUCUGGUUCAACGGUUCAGUCAUUUCUGUACAAUGAGGCGUCUUCUACAAUCACGGAGAAUAGUAAAGAACAAGAAUCAAGAACAUCUGAUUGUGCUUCAUCUGUUAAUUUGAAUGAAAAGGAAGAAAGAAAAUUGGGUGAGGAAGAGGAAGCAGUCACAACGGAUGUUACUGCAGAUCUCCAUCCAAGUCCUCAGAAUUUACAGGGAGAAGAAACUGGAAAAUCAGUUGAAGUGGUUGUUUUGACUGAACAUAUCUGCCUUUCUGAAGCCAGUGCAUCUGAAAGCCAAGACAAAAAAUGCACUUCUAUCACCAUGUGGAAGAAAGAGGAAGAAUAUUUGAAAGCUUUAUCUGAACAAUACUGUCUCGAAGAAUAUCAGGACAGCUAUGAUUUGAUGUCAGAACUUCCCAUUUCACAUCUCCUACAUCAUGUGAUCCCAAGAUCCUAUACGUUUCCCGUGGACCCAUCAGCACAGUCAGCAACAGAUGAAACAGCUGUACAAUUAAGUGAACUCUUGUCACUUCCUGUGCUGAUGAAACGUUCAGUUACUGCCCCCUUGGUUUCUCAUGUUUCCCUUGUGAACAAAGCCAUUGUUGACUAUUACUUUGUGGAACUGAAUGUUGAGAAGCAUUUUGGAGCCUUGAGGCAUUUUUUGUUGAUGGAAGAUGGAGAGUUUGCCCAAUCACUCAGUGAUCUGCUUUUUGAAAAGCUUGGAUCAGGCCAGACACCUGGUGAACUUCUAAACCCACUAGUCCUCAAUUCUAUUUUAAAUAAGGCGCUUCAGUACAGUCUCCAUGGGGAUACUCACUUGGCUUCCAAUCUUUCCUUUGCACUGAAGUACCUUCCAGAGAUGUUCAAGCCCAAUGCACCUGAUGCUUUAAACUGUUUAGAGCUGCGGUAUAAGGUUGACUGGCCCUUAAACAUUGUCAUUACUGAGAACUGCAUGAAUAAGUAUAAUAAGAUUUUCUCCUUUCUGCUGCAAUUGAAGCAUAUGGUAUGGACUCUUAAGGAUGUUUGGUUCCAUUUAAAGCGGACUGCAUUAGUAAAACAUGCAUCAAACUCUGUCCAGUUUCGGCAGCUCCAGCUUUAUAAACAUGAAAUGCAGCACUUUGUCAAAGUUAUUCAAGGCUAUAUUGCCAACCAGAUCCUUCAUGUGACCUGGUGUGAAUUUGGAAAUAAGCUGUCUUCUGUAGGAAACCUAGAAGAAAUUUAUAAAACACAUGCAGAAUACCUGAACAAGGCAAUCUUCCGGGGAUUGUUGACGGAAAAGGCAGCCCCUGUGAUGAACAUAAUUCACAGCAUUUUCAGUCUCAUUUUAAAGUUCCGUAGCCAGUUAAUCUCUCAGUCAUGGAGUUUUGAUACUAGCAAACAAAUGGCAGUUCAUCCCAACUUUGGCUUAAUGCAGCAAUCUUAUAAUACAUUCAAAUAUUAUUCCCAUUUCUUAUUUAACGUGGUAACUAAGCUUGUUAACCGAGGAUACCAGCCUCACCUGGAGGAUUUCCUACUACGAAUCAAUUUUAAUAACUAUUACAAAGAUAACUGAGCUCAUAAAACACAGCACAGCCCAGUGACAGGACACCGAGUCUCAACUGUGUACGUUUUUGAAUGAGCCUGGCCUUCUGAAAAAUACGAAUGUUGAGAUGUUUCUAAGAAGAGAGAGCUUUCCAAUAAAGGCAGUGGCAGAGUGGACAGUCCAUAAGUCCAUACAAGUAUCAAGAGUCUUUUUCCACAGCAUGUCAGAAGUUCUUUUUGUCUUUCUCAGUACAGCAAAGUAUGUUGCCCAGUGCCAAUACAACAAUAUGUGUAUCAAUGUAAAUUUGUUAAUGUGUAAAUCCUUCCUUGUAACAUUGUGAAAACUUCUAUGUAAAUGUGGUAAUAAUAAAAACAAGGUCAACACUUA